GCUGGUGUAAACAAACAAGAAUGUUCACCACCAAAGUUGCUGGAAUUCUAAAAGGUCUCACGAAACCAUCAGUUUUAAAAAUGACAUCCAGAAUGUGUAGUACUGCAACAUCCACCUAUAAUUUUGAAACGUUGAAAGUUACACAACCGCGAGAAUUUGUGUUACAAGUAGAGAUCAACCGGCCUGAAAAACGUAAUGCCAUGAAUCAAGCUUUCUGGAGAGAAAUGGUAGAAUGUUUUAAUCAGAUAUCAGAUGACAGUGAUUGUCGCGCUGUUAUAUUUACUGGCUCUGGUAAAAUAUUUACAGCUGGUUUGGAUUUGAUGGAUAUGGACAAUGCCUUCAUGCAGUCUGAUUUAGAUGUGGGUAGAAAAGCCAUGAAGUUAAGAAAACUUAUCAGGUCUUAUCAGGAAUCUUUUACCGCUAUUGAAAAGUGUCCGAAACCAGUAAUAGCCUGUGUACACAGUGCCUGUGUUGGUGGAGGUAUUGAUUUAAUAGCAGCCUGUGAUAUGAGAUAUUCUUCAUCAGAUGCAUGGUUCUGUGUCAAGGAAGUAGAUAUUGGUCUAGCAGCUGAUGUUGGUACAUUACAAAGAUUACCUAAAAUAAUAGGAAAUGACAGUAUCGCUAGAGAACUGGCCUAUACAGCCAGAAAAUUCUUUGCUGAUGAAGCCAAACAGAUUGGACUCAUAGGGAGAAUAUUUGAGAAUAAAGAAACAAUGAUACAAGGUGCAUUAGAUACAGCUAGUUUAAUAGCCAGUAAAAGUCCUAUAGCUGUACAGGGUACUAAAGUGUGUUUAGUCUAUGCUAGAGAUCAUGGUGUCAGUGAGGGACUGGAUCAAAUGGUAACAUGGAACCAGAAUAUGUUACAGUCAGAAGAUUUGAUGAAGGCUAUGGUGGCAGGAAUGGAUAAAAAGGCACCAGUUUUCUCAAAACUAUAACGCCCCUAUCAACUUAGGGUAAUCAAUAAAUACAAACUAAUUAACAGAGUGGCUCAAAGCAAAUUAUUCCAGUCAAUUGUGGACGUACAAAGUUUCCUUAUGCCUAGUUCACACCAACAGCGAAUGCCGCGCUUUAAAUCGGCAAGCAAAGCGCCAUCAUUUUUUUUUACUUUUCAAAAAAUAUCACGAUCUCCUAAGUAAUGUUACGCUCUGAUAAGCUCUGAUACGAAUUGGUUACGAUUUGGGGACGAAUUAUUUCCCAAUUUGAUCAGGCCUUGUUACGCUAUAAAUCACGCUUUGAUAAGCUUUAUUAAGCUUUGAUGCUUUUAAUCACGCUCUGAUACGAUUAUCAAGCUCUGUUGUGCUUAGUUAAGCUCUGUAAUGCAUUGGAAAAUUUCGAGAUCGCCGAUUUCAUGCCACUUUUGAUCAAGUGGUGACAGAUCGUGAAGACUGGGGUCCCAGCUUUGAAUAAAGAUCUGUUAAGCUUUCCUAAGCUUUGAGUCAAGCUUUGCUGAACUUUGUUACGCUUUGUUAAGCUUUGAUACGUUCUCGACGCUUUAAUCAAUUCUUGACAGAGCGCCCAAAAUUAUUAAACAGUUUAAAAAAUUUUGGCGCUCUUGCCGAAUAUCCAGCUUUGCUCAAAGCUUUCCAACGAUCUAUUACGACCCUGGCGCUUUAGUCGAGCUUUGUUACGCUUUGGUACCGCUUUGAAUGCCGCUUUAAAGCGCCAUCAAAGCGCCGUUGGUGUGAACUGAGCAUUAUGAAUUUUUGCAGAUGUUCUUGGACAGGAAUCCAUCUUUUAUACACCAACAGUAUGUGAUUGACUUGUAAAGUGAGCAUAUUAAAGGUUUAUAGUUUUGGUAAAUAUAAACAAAACUUAGGGCUGUAUGCAGCGCUCUUUCCUUGACUAAAGUUGAACUUUACAAAGUUAGGAUUAAGGCUUUUAUUUUCUACACUUGAUAGUCAAAUUUAAGCAUGACUUUCGUAAAGAUUGACCGGUGCAUAGCUAAAGUUCGACUUAAGUCUAACUUUAGUCAAAGUUUAGGUAAAGUACGAGCGCUGCAUAUGGCCCUAAGUAUAUGAUGUAUAGUUGAGAAAUUAAAUCUUCUCAACUAUUUAUAUAUAUAUGUUAAAAUAAAAACACUGUUUCAAUAAAUAAUGAUAUAUUUGUU